AAUGGAAACAAACCAAGAUCUCGGUCGAGCUUUUCACGGUGAAGACAGGCUCACUGCAUUGCCUGAUGUGCUCCGUGUUCAAAUCUUGAGCUUGCUUCCUUGUCGCUAUGCUGUCAGAACUGGGGUUCUGUCCAAAAACUGGAAAAUUUUAUGGAAGCAAAGAUUCAACCACACAACAACACUGAAAUUUGGACGUAAAUACCAGAACCCUGCAAAUCAACAAGAACUAGUGAAUGAGAUCCAAAACUACAUGUUAGCACAUGAAAACAGAAAGAUUGAGACCUUUCACCUCUAUUUCCAUCCCGAUACCUUGAAUCCAGAGACAGUUUGCAAUUGGAUUGAACGAGCCAUUGAAAAUGGUGUUGAGGAAUUAUAUCUAGACUUCUCCCAGGGGAUUGUAAGCUUGAAACCAACAGGCAAACUUAGAACUGGGAGAAAGAAGUUUAAGCUCCCCGAAAGUGUGUUUCAAUUCAAUAGAUCUCUAACCAGUCUGAGCUUAAGUUUUUGCACACUGACAGGUAGGUAUCAGUUUGGAUACUUUGAUUGCCUUGAGCACUUACAACUCCAAGGAAUCAAUUUAAAUGAUACCAUGUUGGUGAAGGUGCUCUACAACUGCCCAAAACUACAGUCUUUGGAGUUGAGAGAAUGCAUGUCAUUGAAAUAUGUAGAGGACAUAGGUUCUUAUUCUCAAAUCAAGAAGCUCACAAUUGUGCACUGUCCCAAUAUAGAAGUGAUUGAUAUCCUUGCUCCUCUGCUUCAUUCAUUCCAUUUCUUAGGGAAAUUCCCUAGAAAGUUCACUCUGGCUGUUCCUUUCCUAUCGGAUUGCAUCAUAAUGUCAACUCUAAGGGAGUACGAGCAGAUAACAAACAAUUGGGAAGUUACACUUUUAAAACAUGACAGUUUACAGGUGCUGACAACCUGCAGCUCAAGCCUUCAGCUCAUACUUGGAUCUGGAAAGAUAGUGGGGGCAAGCUUGAAGAAUCUUCAGGAGCUGCAGCUGUGCAUGGAGAAUUUGAGAAGUAGUGAUCUGUUGAAUAUAUACAAACUCUUUAUGAGGUACAAGCUUCAACAGCUAGAGACUCUAUUCAUAGAGCUUCCGACAUCCUGGUCAGAUCCUGAUCUGGAGCUCGAUAUGGUACAAAAGAACCCUCCAGUGCUAAAUUUGCGCAAUCUGAAGAUUAUAAAGCUCAACAAUUUCAAAGGGCACAUAAAUGAGCUUUUUCUGUUAGAUUUUCUAUUGCAGAAUGCCGUCAGCCUCGAGCUUAUCGUAUUGGCAUUUGCUCAUGAAUAUGAUAGGGCUGGCGGUAAUUCCGUUAGACUGUUUAACCAGCUCAGUCAGAACCCAAGGGCAUCACCAACUGCUAGGAUGAAGCUAACGUACACUUCAUUGGAUGAGAAUAAUACACUGAAACCAGCACAUUCAAAGCAUCGUUCUUUAAAGAUAUUUAUGUUCUUGGUUUCUGUUGUUAUAAAGUUUGCAUGUUAUCGCUAUGCUGUGGUGAGAACUCUUUUGAGAGGAAAGUCGGAGAAAGACAUUAGCAGUGUUCUUUCCAGUAAAACAAUUGGACAAAACUUAUAUUACACCAAACUUGGCCUUUAUCCUUUAUAUCUUGAAAUGCAUUUUGGAACGGACUAA